AUGGGAUCCGUUAUCGUAAAUCAUCCGCGAUCGGAUCAUCUUGAUACAUCCUCCUACAACAUGCUGGGGGGCGCCAUACCUACUUCGGAAUCUGGCUAUCGAUCCGCGUCGCAGACCCAAGCCUCGUUCCAACAACCCUCGUCACGUCUGGAGACCGGCGGCGGCUCUAGGUCGGCAUCGUCUAAUACCACCCCCACCUCGUCCACAGCCCCGCCGUCAACAUCCGCCUCAGCUCGCCUCCCCUCCCACCACACCACCCAGGAUGUUCCGCCUUAUAUCUAUCACCCUUCCGACUCGAAUUCUUACCCCUCAUCGCGGGCGUCCUCAACCAUCUCGGGUAUAACAAACGCCCACCCGAACUCAGCAUCAAUGACCACAACCACUAGCGAUAGCCAUCCAUCUCGCUUCGAUAAUCACGCCCACGCCGCGCCUCACACGUAUGCCCCUCAUGUCAGCGCCAGCCAUGCACACGCGACCGCGGCAUCCACGCAGCACAACAGAAGUCAUUCAUCUCCCGCGUCACCGCAGUUGAGGCCGACUCAUCAGUCCCUGCGCUCAUUAGGCGGCUCGGAGGCAAGCUCGCCCAGUCGCAUCAAGGUCCGCGAUCUGUCCCAUAUACAAAGCUUUGCGAGCGAGGAAAUGUUGGCACAUAGAGAUCGGAUGACGGGACAAUGGGGUCCUCAAGAGCGCCAGUACGAAAUCAGUUCCAUGCCGGUCACGGACAUCAUCGAGAUGGUAGCUGGGCUCUUGACGAAGAUAACCACGACCAACGACAUGCACCACGAGCAUAUCCAUCGCCACAUACCACCCCCAGACGGGACUUCGAACCUCACUCCACAGGCCGCCAGUGUUCUUGCCUUUCAUGGCAAAAAUGUACCCAGUAUCAGCAUUCUCAGCUAUUUGACGAGAAUCCACAAGUAUUGUCCCACCACUUAUGAAGUCUUCCUCAGUCUUCUGGUAUAUUUCGAUCGCAUGACGGAGCUUGUCAACCGGUCGCAACUUGAGCGAUUACGGCGUCGCCAGGCCCGAUCGGCUUCCAUGCUAAGGACUGAUGGUAAUCAGCCCCAGUCGCUCCGAUCGUCGAAUGUACAGACGACAGGUGCCUCUCCAUUGGCCACUCCACCAUCUUCUGCCAGCUUCGCCGCCCAAGACCCGUCCACUCCGUCGUCCAUGUCUCCAUCUUCGGACGCCGAGGACGAGGAAGAGGCGCUUUCUCACUUUUUUAUCGUGGAUAGUUUCAAUAUCCAUCGGCUAGUCAUCGCAGGCGUGACUUGUGCCAGUAAAUUCUUCUCUGAUGUCUUCUACACCAAUUCACGAUAUGCAAAGGUUGGGGGAUUACCAUUGGUUGAACUCAACCAUCUUGAGCUCCAAUUCCUUCUCUUGAAUGACUUUCGUCUUUCAAUCCCCGUGGAAGAGCUUGAAGCGUAUGGCACAAUGCUGGUAGAGUUUUAUGCUCGAGAGAUCGUCUCGCAGCAACAGCAGCAGCAGCAGCAGUCGCAGUCGGGCAUCCCUCGUUCAAUCCACGCUCCUCCAGCAGUGGACUCUCAGUCCGAUGGGAUGUACAUGCGCACCCGGGAGAAGCACCGACCUGACCAGCCGGAGGUUCGCCAAACCCCCACUCCACCCUAG